AUGACAACCAUGAGCGGACCACGAGCACUUGUCCUCAGAAACUUAGCGAAAGUUGCUGUCAAGCCAACGGAUGAGAGCUCCAAGAAUGAGGCACCCACUCAUGUCGACGAGCUCCAGCCAGGGUGGAUGAGGCUCUAUUCAUUCUACGAACCAUCGCUGAAAGGAGGGGAUUAUACCAUAACCGUCAGCCAGAGCGCCACCUUCACCCAACUCACCGAUACCAACGAUCUGAGUACCGAAGUUCCAGUGCCCACACAAGUGCUAGACCUACCCGGAAGCGGAACCGCGACAACAUCACUGAUACAGCGCAUGACAGUCGUGGUGCCGCGCUUUCAAAUUGAUACAAACAAAAUUCACAGUACGUAUCCUCCGCAAGGGGAGGUCGAUCAGCCCAAUGUUCUUCCUCAUAUCAUAUUCAAUGACGAGCAUUUGCCAUGGGCUCGCAACAUCCAGGAGCGAAACAGCGAUGAGGAAGACAUGAUACCCUGGUUGUCCCUGUUUCCGUUUGAUUGCAAUGACCCAACCGAUCCCGAACUUCGCUUGACCGCCGAUCAACUCAACGGACCAACGGCGAUUUAUCAAAACUCAAUUGUCCAAGAUGGCGUUUCGAGACUGCAGACCACCCAGCAGAGUUCGACAUACACGGUAUCGAUGACUGUUAGGGAGUAUCUUGAUUUGCCGAAUCGUGCAACAAGUGCACCGGGCUCGACCAGAGUGCACAUUCCGCCGUACACGGACCCGGCAAAGAAUCCUGAGACAGAGGACCCGAGCCUGGAUUCUAACAUCCCAGUCCAAGUUAUCUUCUUGAAGUUUUCGCUCUUCAAGAAACUGUUUCCUAUCAAGACAGCUCCGUCGUCUACUGCUAGUCCGGGUGCUUCCGGUGCGGCAGCUUCGUCGUUUCCGGACAUUGCUUCCUUCAGGUUUCUCGCCCACACGAGAGAUGUCAACACCCAAGGGAUCGCGACGACCUCGGCUUCUGCAAUCAGCGAUACUGGUGUAUUCAGCGUUGUCCACUCGAAGAGAUCAGGUCCAACAGACAUUAGACAAGGCAGCAAGCCUCGAUCUCAGACUGUCCAUCUAAUUUCUUUGGAAUUGGUGGACCAAUUGGAAGUGACGGGAAUUGCAGACGACGAGUUAAUCGCUUUUGUAUCGCUCACUCGAUGGACAUAUCUUUGCCAACCCCCACAAAUCGUUAACAUUGUGGAUGCAAUGCGGGCAAUCGGCGACCAGGUCAAGAAAGACAAGCAAAUUGGUGGUCAAUUGUGUUCACUCCGCACUCCUCAAACAAUCCAGCAACGUAUAUGCAAGCAACUCGGACUGGUAGCGACAGACAUCGAAAGCGGAUAUGAUGACGAUCUUGCUGCCAUGCUUCAGGAAAGUAUACUAGGCCGGCUCAAGAAUGGGUACCAGUUGGUACGCUAUCGCACUCCAGCUGGCGAAAAUUCUAUUGCCUGGAAUCGUGGGCCUCUCAGUCCGGUUCCAACGCCAAAGUCGCCAACUCAAGCAACACCCCCACCUACAGGCUCUACGUCAACCCGAACUGGUGCUGUGGGCGGGUGGCCAGCAUCGUCCCAUAGCGGUCAAGAUUAUCAGAUCUUCGAUGUGAACACGGGCCUCAUGGACCUCACUUAUUCAUGUGCGUGGCAAACGGACAAGCUCAUGGGCGGCUCAGAUCAGGACUUCGUUACUGCUCUAUUGCGGCACCGGAAGUACUUGCACCAGCAGGGAAUGUCUUCGGUGUCUCUGAUCAUGGCAGACUCCACGAUUGGUGCCAAGUCGACAAAGAAUUUCAUGUCCAAUUUGCACAGUGUUGCUGCCGUGCUCCAUCAAACUACGUCCUUUACCGACGGUCCGCAUGAGAGUAUACCCGACCUGAGGCAACGCUUCAGUCACAAUGCGUCUAGUUCUUCUGCUCAGUCCAACAUGAACCGUGAUACGAAAGCAUCAUUCGCAGCUGGAGUGCAGAAGGCGGCAGCCAGCGCCGCGUCCGCUCAAGGUGCGAGCGAUGGCACUUCAGCGGGUGAUCUGUUGGUUGCAAACUCUCCGGAUUGGACCACCAUCUACAAUUGGAUUCUAGACAAAUUGUAUCUCAGUGACAUCCCGACGCACAAUCUUGUCGGCGACCCCAGCUUCUUGCCUCCAGAGAGCAUCCGGUUCUUCCAUAUUGAUCAAACCUGGAUGCAAUGUUUCAUCGACGGUGCUCUCAGUGUCGUGAACCACAUGGCCAGCGAUGACGACGCAAUUCGUGACAGUAUCAAGCUGGAGCUGAACAAAUCCUUCAACACCCCGAUCUUGACCAAGGACGGCAGCUCGCACUUCCCCCAAGUGCCCACUUGGGGAUUUCUCUUGCGCUCGGCCAUUGUGCGCGUUUUUCCCGAUCUUGUCGUCCAGGUGCCCUAUCCGGGCGCCUCGGCUGCAGAAAUUGCCAGCAAUCAGGCUGGUCGAGCUCCCGUGCUGGUCCAGAAGCAUCUGGACCGGGAAAUCCUGAUGGUACUGCUUGACCGCAAGCCAGAUCAGAUUCGGAGCAUCAUCCUGCAACAGCCGCCGCACCAGCAACGCUUUACCUGCGCGGAUAUCCUCGAGACGGACUACCUCCAAUUUCUGUGGCGGGUUGUGCAUCCCACCGACGGGUCGG